CUGCUGUUUCUUUUUUUUGGGAGUGUUGGUUGACUUUUCCUUAUCAAGUAACCACUGCCGUUAUCCAUUCAAUAGAAGGCAACAGUGGAUGUCUCUUCAUACCCUCCUUGCAAUGCAUUAGUGUGUUGACACGCAAACACACACUCUUGCUCGUCCGGGCUUCUUCGCCCCCUUAUUCUAUCUCUCUCUCUUUUCAUAAAUGUAUCGGAAUUUGGCUAUUGGAAAUUCUGUGAGCAGGCUGUGCGAGCCCAAUUCGUACUGCACGCAGUGAAAAGGUUUCCGACACACUCACCUAAGACCAGGGAAUCCUAGGUAUAGUAUUUAUGUCAAUAUCGAGAUGGCUGACUCCAUUCUUCCCGAGAUGGAUGCGGCAGACCCAUUGGAGGCUAUGGUGAAUGCCUUGAACGACUCGUUAUCUCAAGAGACGAAUAGCGGCGUGCCAGAUGUGCUCGGUGGUGGAGUCCUACCGCAGUCAGAUCUCAUCAGUUCACUGGCGGCUGAGUUGUCCCAGUCAGCGGGUCAGGGCACGUCAGUACUUACAUCACUCCUGGGCACGUCCGCUCUGCCAGCACAUUCACCGGCCACGGCUAUACAAACGUCCGCAAAUUCGUCUCUUACAACAGCGCCGUCAGCCUUUCAGGGUCCUGCCAUGUCGCAGUCUCAACCGGCAGGAGUGCAGGUACCUGCUACAAGUCAAGUAUCGACAAGUAGUCAAACAACCGUGCCCCUUCAUCAAUCCGUAACUGCCACUGCAUCAUCUCAUGUCACGAGUGCGCAGUCCUCAUCACAAACAGCCGUUUCAUCACCCCAGUUGUCACCUGCUACUUCCUCAGCAAAUCCUCUGCUGCCCCAGCAUAUGCCGAUCCAGGUGAUGAAAAUCAACGGUCGUGAUCAGCCUGCAAUGCUGAUGACAAUUUCCCAGGCGCAGAUUUGGCAACGCCAGCAGCUGGAGCGUGCUGUGGAGAUAUCCAGGGGCGGGAACUCAGCCCUAGCUGCACAGAUGGAGCAGCAGCAGAAGCACAUGCAAGAGCUGCUGGCGUCGGCCAAACCUGACACGGUAUUUGCCAUUCCCAUGGCGGCUGCUCUCGCUGGUGCCCAGCAGCAGCCAGCGGUGUCCAGCACAGGCAGUAGUACUGCAGCGAGUAGUGUCACAACGACUAUGACAUCUGUGAACGCGGAGAGGCCGCCUGUUAUCAGUACACCAGCGUCGUCGGCAGCGGCAUUACCCCCGAGUUCUAAUAUCUUCACCCCUGCUGGUUCGACUGGAGUAAGUGCAUCAGCAGGGUCUGUGUCUAAUAUAGGUAUUUCAUCGGCAGUCCUCGCGCCCCAGUCGACAGCAGCAGCAGCAACAGCAGGCACACUCACGGUCUCCACAUCGCCUCUGCUUUCCAGCUCGUUACCCGAUAACUUAGCUCUACCAUCUCACACAGCAGUGGCCGCCGCAGCUCAGGCCACUGCAGCAGCAGCAGCAGUUGCACCGCAGGCUUCUAUGGGAAGAAAACUGUCUAUCGAUAGCCUCUCGGAGCCUGCUCGAAAGAAAAAGAAGAAGGCGGCGAUUGAUGCUUUGCCGAAGCCUCUCUCGCCAUAUCAGUGUUUCUUUCGAGAGAUUCAAUCUGAAGUACGACGACAAAACCCCAAGGCAUCGUUCGCUGAACUGUCGAUGAUGGUGAAUUCAAUGUGGGAGAGUAUGCCUGAGAGCAGUCAAGAGGUGUACAAUGCACAGGCACGUCAAUCAACGAAUGAGUACGAGCAGGCAGUCAAGGCUAUUCAAGGCACGUCACCGACUAACACGAAUGGUGCAAGUACCGCAGGCUUCUACGCAAUAGCGGAACCGGAGACAACUCCAGGUGGUAAGCCACGUGGUCGCAACAGGAAGAUUGCACCAAAUAAGUGCCUGAAUGAGGAGUGUAUGAGCCUACCGCAAGCUGCAGGACAUCGAGGCAAUCUCUACUGUAGUGACAAGUGCUCCGUGACACACUGCCAAAUUGCAUUCAAAAACUGGGUGACAGAACGCCGCAAGGUUCCUUGAAAAAGGUGCUGUGUUUCACAUGCUGAUAGUGUGAUACUUCCUGUUGCCAUUACUUGGAAUGAUUGCUCUGUUGUGUCUCCAUCCCGCCUGGACCAACUACCAUUUGCCCACAGUAGCAGCAUCGGCCACGUGUAUAUACGCUGUUGCACACAUUGCUGAGCCGGUACAUGCAACGCGCUGCUGAGACACUGUGUACGGAGCCCAGCCCAGCACAGGGCCUGCUGCUGUCCACCAGGUACCUGAUGCCUUGCCAGCGACAGUUGCCUUGCUUGCUUGUUCCGCUGCCAGCUCUAGGUUUUCCAGACGUCCAACUCGUCGCGCGCACGCACGUGCGCGUGUGUGUGUCCUGAGCAUGGCCUGGGUGCCGUUCCCACUCGCUUUUCACCAGUAAAUUUAGUCCCGAUAUGUUCCCACCUACCAUAAAUUUUGUUGAUUUCUGUGUUGCCCUGGCUUAUGUCAAGCUCUCCUUGUCGAACAUUCCCAGAUUCUUGUACACAGUAUUCUUUAAUAAAUAAAAACAGCGUUAGGUUCCGCAUAUUUGAUUCUUGUUAGUGCUCAAUAAAGAAAAUUGGUUUUUGUUUCACAAGA